AUGAACGGGCUUUCCGCGGCAGAUGUGGCCUUCAUGCGGCACCUUUCGGCAGAUCUUGUGCCUGAUGACCGCCCAGGCAAACGACGUCGCGUGGAGACGCUGCCAGCCACUGUCGCAGCCACAUACGACAAUAGCAGGAAGAACAGCGCGGCGAUGGACGCCAAUGUUAAUGGCACACCUGCAAGAAGCCCGCAAGGUGUAGGAGCAAAGAAGGGCCCUCCCCACCGAAAAGGUGCACGCGGGCCUAACCCGCUUGCUGUGAAAAAGAAGCGUGUUCGUGAGGUCUUUCGCGUCGGCACUGGAGCGCAAGCCAAGCCGAAACAGGGCACAAAAUGA